UCAGCCAAUCAGCUGCCUCCUCUGAUGACUUCAGCCAACCAGAAGGCUCCUCUGAUGACUUCAGCCAAUCAGCUGCCUCCUCUGAUGACUUCAGCCAAUCAGCUGCCUCCUCUGAUGACUUCAGCCAACCAGAAGGCUCCUCUGAUGACCUCAGCCAAUCAGCUGCCUCCUCUGAUGACUUCAGCCAAUCAAAGGCCUCCUCUGAUGACCUCAGCCAAUCAGCUUCCUUCUUUGUCUCCUGCUCAGUCUUCAGGUGUUCAGCUAUUAGCCACGCCCCCUCAGAGACCUUCAGAGGCUCCGCCCACCAUGACAUCAUCGACGAACGGCCCUGCCCCCUCCUCGUCCUCACAGGCCCCGCCUACCACUAGCCCCGCCCCCCAGGAGGAGUCAGAGGACGGACCGAAACACAUCUUCUCGUUCAGUUGGCUGAACCAGAAGUGAAACUAUGUGAUCAUAAUGUUCCCCUGAAGCUCGCUCUGUUUUUAUAUUUCCAUCAGUUGUUAAAUUAAAUUGUUGUGGUGAAACUAAAGAGAUUGUAGAAAAUGAAAUAUGAAACUUUAUUUGUUUCUAUAGUUAAAAUGUUUUAUCGGCGGUGGAGGCGUGUGGCGCAGUGGAUAGUGCUUUGGUGUUGGUAUCAGGGGUCAGAGGUUCAAACCCCUCAGCAGUCAGCAUGUCGUUGUGUCCCUGAGACGCUUCACCCCAAAGUGCUCCGGAGAGAUUGCCCACAGGAAGUCACUUUGGAUAAAAGCGCCUAACAAGUAACAUGUAAUGUUAUUGCCAUUAAAAAUCAGCUGUUUCUCACUUCAUGUUCUGACCUGAACUGAAUACUCUGCUCACACCCUGCUGUUGUUGUUGUUGUUGUUGUUGUUGUUGACAUAAGGAUUCAAGGAUCCUAAUGAAGACCGCACCAGUUGAGAGGAAGAGCAGAUAUUUAUUCACAAACAGGGUCAAAAUAAAUGAUCACUUUUUAUAUGAAGACAUUUCAAAAGACUCAAAAAGGAAGAAUCAAGAGUUUAAUCAAAUAAACAAAUGACAUUA